AUGUCACCACGCUGUACUUGCAAUAAAUGUGCAACUGUUUUCUUUUUCAAGAAUUGGCAAGGAAUUAUUCUCUUCAAUAUGCAUUUUAUCUGUUUCGCCUUUUUCUUCUUCCAGUUGAGCAACAUUCAAAUUACUAAAGCGCAAACGGAGCAAACAGAAUUGUUGGAUUUACCAGUGUCAAAAGUGACUGAGGAAGGGAAUGUACCAAUAGAUUUGCCAAUGCAAAGAGUAAGUGGAGAAAUAGGAGGAUGGUGGUUAUUAGUCAACGAAGGGUCUAAGAGAUACAGAAAAUUAAUGAAUUUAACAGUCAAAGACGAGAUAAUGAACGAGAAAGCGUCAGAAAAAGGAACGAAUAAAGUAUGUAAAGAGGAAAAAUAA